AUGGACCGCAGCCUCGACGAGAUCCUGGCCGAGCGCCAAAACAAGAACGGCGGCCGAGGCUCCCGCGGUCCCCGCAACGGCGGCGGCGGCGGUGGAGGUGGCAACAGGCGCCGCGAGCGCGAAAGGCCGGACUACCCGCGCGACGGAGUCAGAAAGAGCUAUCGAGAUGAUCAAUCACGGAACCUGGACUCCGAGUGGGUUCAUGACAGAUACGACGACAACGACUCCCGCCGCGGUGGCAGGUCCUCACGCCGAAGAGACGAUGACUUCGAUAAGGAUCAAGGAAGCUCAAGGGGCACGAAGAUUCGGGUGGAAAAUAUCCACUACGAGUUGACCGAGGAAGAUCUCCAAGGAUUAUUCAGCCGUAUCGGCCCAAUCAUCAGUCUCGAGCUUCUCUACGAUCGCUCCGGCCGGUCAGAGGGUAUCGCUUAUGUGACUUAUGAAAGCCACAAAGACGCAACCUUGGCCGUGAAGGACUUUGACGGCGCUAACGCAGCAGGACAACCUAUUCGCCUCAGCAUAAUCCCAACUGGCGCUGGCUCACGUCGGAACCCGUUCGAUAACGCUGUGAAGCCAGGGAGGCCACUGUCGGAGCGCAUAACCAUGCCAUCAGGCCGGAACCGAUCCCUAUCACCCGAAGAGGAUGCGGCACGUCGGGGAAUCGACAGGUAUAUCCCUAGCGGUUCGCGUUCGGGUAGCCCAUACACCUCUGGUAAUCGCCGCGACGGUCGCCGGCCGGGCGCUAGGAGGGAGCGUGGUGGUGGCGGUAGUGGUCGUCGUAGAGGUGAGGGCGACGAGGAGGGUGGUCAGCGUACUGGGCGCGACGGUCGCACCAAGAAGACGCAGGAGGAGCUGGAUGCUGAGAUGGACGAUUACUUUGGCGGCGGCAACAGCAAUAACGCUACCACCGCCCCAGCUGCAGCUGCUACGACUGCUGCUCCAGCCAACGGAACUGUUGAUGAUGACAUCGAUAUGAUUGCUUAG